UUUUAAGUAUGUUUGCCUCUUGAAGAAAAUCAUAUGCAAAUUCACAUCAUAUGACAUGUUCUUUGUAUUUCCUGUAAGUAAGAAGAUGAAUCUCAAGUUACAUGCUCUAUAAAUUAGACCAUUUAAUAAGCCUUUCUUAAUUCAUAUUGGAGCUGCUAGGUAAGUUGAACAUCUUUUAAUAGAUUUUUGCUUAAAUUACAUUGAAUCUAUUAAUCUAUUACAAAUUUUUCCAUUUCUGAUUUAUGUCUCAACAUUUUUAUUAUCACUUUCACCUAUUUUUAUAGACCAUGCCACUUGCUGUGAAGAUAUGUUAAAAAUGGAUGCUGCAAUGGAAGAAUGAGCAUUAACAAUUGUUUUGUUCUUAAACCAAUCAAUAAAGACAGCUUGACCCAGUUUGUCCUAAACCAGCCUUCUCUUGCUAAAGCAACCAUGUGUCUAUUGCUCUCCUGUAAAAUUAAAAUUGAAACUAUAGCUUUUUCCAUGGGGCUAAAUGGUAUAUAAUGGUAUCUGUUGUUUUGGGUUUUUGCUCUGCGGACUUUUGUAGUAUAGCCGACUGUCUUUUGGAAAAAUAUUUUAAUGGUUUGAAACAAGCUAACUGCUAACUUUGUAACUACAUUAAUGGCAUUCAUGUCACUGUGAGCAAAGCUUAACACAGAAAACUUCACACCCAGACAGCAAAAUUCUGAAACAUCUUUCCUUUUUUUUUUUUUUUUUUUUUUUAAUGCAGGACUCUACACUGGAGAGAAAACCUGUCUGUUUUACCUUUGGCUUUAAAUGAUGCUGUCUCCACAGUUGUUCCACAAAAUCUUAGGAGUAGCUUUUUUCCUGCUCCCCUUAUGUGCUCAAGGUAAACCUGCAGGAUUUUUUUCAAAUAUUCUCAAGUAUUUGACUGAAGAUGGAAGGGAUGAAGGAUUUAUACCAGCUUUCAUACCAGUGGCUGACAAUGAAAUGGGAGACAUUAAUCAUCGAUUGGAACGUCGUAUUUCCAGACUGGAAGGAGUCCUUCGCUUGGAAAAGAGGAUAACAGAAUCUGGAGGAAAAAUAUUUGCUACUAACGGGAAAAAAGCUGAUUUCAAUACUACACUGCAAAAAUGCAAAGAGGCUGGAGGGUCUAUUGCUGCUCCGAGGAACCCAGGCGAGAAUGAUGCCAUUCAGUACUUUGUGAAAACUUUUAAUACCUACGCCUAUCUAGGGGUAAAGGAAUCUCUUAUUCCAGGCAAAUUCCAGUUCCUGGAUGGUACAGAGCUAGGCUAUACUAACUGGCAUUUAAAUGAACCUUCUGGCAAAGGGGAAGAGGGAUGUGUGGAGAUGUACACUGAUGGCACUUGGAACGACAAAAGGUGCAAUCAGAAUCGCCUUAUUGUCUGCCAGUUUUAGUGCUUCCCU